AUUUGAUUUCAGGCAGCGAUGCAAGUCACCAGGCUUUGGUUGUCGCUGUUGGCCCUGCUGGUCUUUGCGUUCGCCAAAGAGCAGCCCUCGGAACUUGGCAUCGAAACCACCUAUUUACCAGAGAAAUGUACUGAGAAGGUCAGAUCAGGCGACGCUGUCAGGGUUCACUAUACGGGGACACUCUUUUCUAGCGGUGAAAAGUUCGACUCAAGUCUUGACCGUGGAGAACCUCUUUAUUUCAAACUCGGUGUCGGGCAGGUAAUCAAAGGGUGGGACGAAGGUCUGCAGGGAAUGUGCGUGAACGAGAAGCGUACCCUUACCAUCCCUUCAAGGUUGGCGUAUGGUUCACGCGGUGCUGGCAAAGCAAUCCCACCGAAUUCCGCUUUGAUUUUCGAUGUCGAACUCGUUGGCGCAGAGCCUGGCAAACGCGAAGAGCUGUGAACUCUAGGCGUGUUAUUUCUGGUACAGCUAUUAUCCCCUGGUGGCGUUUGUUAUACGGUCUGAUACUCGAAAAUGUUAUGGUACC